CAAAUGUGUGUCAUACUCAUAGAGAUAAUAAAUUUAGGAACUUAAGUUCAAAUUUCAGAUAAAUCUGUCUUUCGGUCAGACUUUUGUUAAUGUAUAUAUGACAGUUAUUCUCAGUCGUAGUGAACAUUUGAAAUAAUUGGGAACAAACAAUGAUAAAUAAAUAUCUUAAAUAAAGUGAAGUUCAGUAAAAUACCAAGGUGUGCUUAUUGCAAAAUGCUGUUCAAGUUUUUAUGCAUUCUUGGAAUAUGCAGCGGUUUUACAAGAUUUGCGUCAUGUUUCCUUUUAUCAGGUAAAUCAGAUGUUUCAGAAGAAUGGAGUCAAUGGACUAUUAUCAACACACACGGAGACACUUGCCUUCGUCUAAGGACUAGGCACUGUGCAAAAACAUCUGUUAACUGCACAGACAAAGAGUUUUCCGCCGUUUGUCCAGUUGCACCUCACUGGGAAGAAUGGAGUGCUUUGCAAUGUUCAGUCCAAAACGGAGCAACGUGCAUCAUCGCAAGAGCCAGAAAUUGUUCUGUCCCGACUCUUCAAGACUGUCAGAGUAAUGAGAAGAAUCGUGAAAUACAAGUUUGGGGAGACAUGAAAACCUGUCCUUGUAGAGAAGGUGUAAUACUGACCACAAAUCAGGGAACUGGUCAAUGGGAAGAUUGGAGUGGUUGGCAAUGUCAGAAGAAUGCAGGCAGCUGCUACAUAUUCCGAACGCGACAGUGUAGUGUUCCAGACCGUAAGAAUUGUCCACCUUCGGGCAGCAGUCAACUCAAGUUAUGGCAAGGCUCAACGUGCCCAUGCGGAACAGGGAAUAUGAAAACAACAACAGAGUCUCAAUUACCAACCACAACUGGUGUAAGCAGACAUGCAAAUACUGAUUCAAACACGGUGUUUACAACAGCUAGUGUGAGAAACCCUUUGAAUACAACUACGAGCGUUCCCCAUUGGCUUGAAUGGAGUGCUUGGCAAUGCCACAAUGUGGAUUUUGGAUGCAUUCAAUCUAGAUGGCGGCAUUGUUCUAAUUCACAGUAUGGGUGUGUAGGUGAUCAUUACGAGUUGGCAUCCUGUCAUCAGGCAGGCUGUACAGGGCAUCUAACCACUGACUCAAGCAUAGGCCAUGUUUCAAGUACCGACAAUUCAAACAAAUAUCCGUCAUGGUCAGGAUGGGGACCAUGGGAAUGCCAUAAUGAACUAAUCACAUGCGUAAUGUAUCGGCACAGAAAUUGUUCUGAUGGAUAUGAAGUGGAUUGCGAGAAAAUUGGCAGUAAAUCUUAUGAAAUGAGCCAGUGUGAUGACAGCUGUAAAAAUUCGUUAGUAAAAGCUACAACAACUUUAUUACCAGAUGCAUCUAUGACGUCUUUUCCCAUAUUACGAACGAGUACCCAGGCGCCUUCUUUUAUUUCUGUCGUUACAAAGACGUCAUUUGCGUCUUUUGAUCAGUCGUCUGUCGUUAUACCAUUUACAAAGUCAUCAGUGACGACUACUUCUCCUAUUACUGAUAUCCCUAUAUAUUGGUUGGAAUGGACAGGCUGGGAUUGUCAAGAAACACCGGUUUGGUGCUUUAUGAAAAACACUAGAAAUUGCUCAACGUACAACCCAGGUGACUGUGAAGAUAAACUGGGAGGCAGCCAUUACGAAGUUCAUACAUGCAGAACAGAAAUAUGUCCAGCUCACUGGCUAGAAUGGGGCGAAUGGAGAUGUAAAAUGGGAAAAAAUGGUUCUUGCAAUAUGACACGGACUAGAGAGUGUUCUACGGGCUCUACCGAAGCAUGCGGACUAAUAUCUUCAAUGUCACUGCCAUGUGAGAGGCAAGUUUGUCCAGACAAGUUCGAACUUCAUCAGUCGGGUCGAUGCAGGGGGUUUAAUGAUACUAGUUGUACAGACGUUCCAACUUGUAGCAUUAUUACGGAUAUGCAUCAGCUGAUUUGUCAAUUUAAAGAUACGGCAUCCAAAGAUUGUCCGAAGGCAUGCGGAUGUUGUGAAGAGGAGGCACAUUGGUCAGAAUGGAGUGACUGGGAGUGUCAGAGAUUGGCAAACUACACCUGCAGAAUGAUACGGACAAGGAAAUGUUCAACUAAUGAUACAAAUGAUUGUAAAGGAAUGUCUGAAGUAAAAGCAGCGUGUUCUCACAGCAUUUGUCAGGCCUUACCUACUCACGUGUCAACAAUUCUGCCAAACACAAUUGGGUCCAUAUCAACGUUGACAACAGAAUUGAAUGGUGUUGGUACCAAGUGCAAAAUGUUUGGUACGUAUUUUACAUAUAAAACUUCAAUCUUUAUACUCAGUAAAGUGAUUAUUUUACAUAUAAAACUUCAAUCUUUAUACUUAGUGAAGUAAUUUUUUUAAUGUAAAUAUAUAUAAAGAUAAAAAAAGCUUUGACGCAAGACUGGACAUGAACAGCAAAAUAAUUAAUGAUAACGUAACAUUAACAAAGUUUUGAAAAUUCAGGAUUUAUUUUUUUCUCAUAUAGUAGAAAUAUAUUUUACCUGAACGUGCAGAACUACCAAAAUGAGACGUGAAUUUUAUAUUUUAGCAAACAGUUACUCAUUAAUUAGCACUUUUUAAAGAAGUAGCGAUGUACAUUCUGUACAAACGAGGAAUCCGGUACCUUAAGGUAUUUGCUAUAUAGUGUAAAGUAAGGACCCUCAGCAAUGUCAAUGGCGGAAAUGACGGAGUAAGUGCUGAUCACUCCUCCUUUUCAAUGUGUUAAUAGAUAUAAGUCGUAUUGUAUAAACAGGAACAUGAUCAUAUUGCCUACUGAAAAGAUGCAUAACCUUGCAUAUAAAAGGUAUUAUUUAUCAACUACAUCAAUGUUUUAUUGAUGAACCAUUCAAUUACGUUAAUAUUUGAAAAAAAACAAAAAAAAAAACAGAAAAA